AUGAAAGAGUUGACCGUGAUAACAAUUGUUUCAAUCACUGUCAUCUAUCUUUCCUCAAUGAUCGCACUGGGUCGAAUUCUUCUCGAUUUUAAGCAUUUCCAUACCAACAGCCUCUCGAAUUUCGCAGAUUUUCAGAAAUACGCAAAGCAAGCCUGGGAUGAGAUGAUCGAAAUCGAACGGGAAGCGCCAAAAGAGAAACGACAAACGAAUCCGUAUCGGAAAAGACGAUGCGCCUGUGGAAAUGUUUCAGAGUUAUCCCCAGCUGGACCCCCGGGACCUCAGGGUGAGCCGGGUGAGUCGGGUUUGGACGGAUAUCCCGGUCAACAUGGACACAAUGGAUCACCGGGUAGACAAGCGGCAAGAGGAUCGCUCCAUGCACAAUGUAUCCCUUGCCCGAUUGGAGCCGCUGGGCCGGCUGGACCGGCUGGAGACCCGGGUCCACAAGGGAUUGACGGAAAUCCUGGAUACGAUGGCGUGCCCGGAGUUGAUGGAGACUUUGGUUUCGAUGGAGAAAUGGGUGAAACAGGAGCCCGAGGCGAGCGCGGACAUCAUGGUCCGCCUGGUUCACCCGGCAAAAAAGCUAUGCAACAAGUCGCUCAAUCUGGCCCACAAGGACCACCUGGAAAACCUGGAGUCCCAGGGAAAGCAGGCCAACCAGGACCCAAUGGAGAACAAGGAUUGGAUGGCGUUCAGGGUUCAAUGGGGUAUGCUGGACUUGGAGGAAUCGCUGGCAAUGAUGGACAAUCCGGAGAGCCUGGACAAGACGGGGCACCAGGCUUUGACGGUGACUAUUGCCCUUGUCCGAUUCGUUCAUCGAAACUCUCUGGCGAUAGUGGACGCGAGAUUCGACGAAAAUUCCAACAGAUUCUUUUUAGUGAUCCUUAC